GCGAUACGCGUUGAAUUGGUUUCCAUUGGUACGAAUUUGUCGGUAAAAGUUAAACCAUCAAUUUAAUUGAAUAAUUUAGUUAAUUGAAGUGUAAAUGCUUGAAUAAAGGAAAAAUAUAAAUAAAAAAACUUAAUAACCCAUAUAUACAGCAGCAAAUAUGACAAAAGGUAUGUCCAAAUACUGUAACGUUGUGUACUAAAAAUACCGGUACAAGAGGUUAAGUUCCGAACAAGCGUUUACAGAGAGUGAGAAGUAUAAAUAUCAAGGAAUUAUGAAUUUUGAGACAUCCUUUUUUUCAGGCUUUGAAGACGAGGCUAUAGAGAAGAAAUCUGUGGAAAACAAUGACACUGACAAAAAAACAAUAUCGGAAGCAGGACCAGAUCCAUCCGCACCCAUUACAAGAAAGGGUGUAUUAACUUCAUUCUUAACUGGAAAACCUAUGGAAAUACCUGAUCAAGAUAUUCUUGGCAAAAGUCGAUUUGUAUCGGAGUUUGAAAAAUUGAACCGCAUUGGCGAGGGUACUUAUGGAAUCGUUUAUCGAGCUAGAGAUACCAAAAAUGAUAAAGUUGUUGCUCUUAAAAAAGUCAGAAUGGAACAUGAAAAGGAUGGAUUGCCAGUAAGCGGUCUGAGAGAAAUUUCUGUACUUUUAUCCUGUCGUCAUGAUAAUAUUGUUCAUUUGAGAGAAGUCGUAGUUGGAAGAAGUUUAGAAAGUAUAUUCUUAGCGAUGGAAUAUUGCGAACAAGAUUUGGCUAGUUUAUUGGACAACAUGCAGGCUCCAUUUUCCGAAAGUCAAGUCAAAUGUAUUGUCUUGCAAGUGUUGAAGGGCCUAAGAUAUUUGCAUCAUAACUUCAUCGUGCAUAGAGACUUGAAAGUUUCAAACCUUCUUAUGACUGAUAAGGGAUGCGUUAAAAUAGCUGAUUUCGGACUUGCUAGAUGGUUUGGAUUACCUUUAAAACCAAUGACUCCCAGAGUAGUAACUUUGUGGUAUAGAGCACCAGAAUUAUUAUUACAAGCAAAGACACAAACAACUUCCGUGGAUAUGUGGGCUGCUGGAUGUAUAUUAGGAGAACUGUUGGGUCAUAGACCUCUUUUACCUGGACGUACAGAAAUUCAACAACUGGAAUUAAUAGUCGAUUUAUUGGGUACACCCAGUGAAGCUAUUUGGCCAGAGUUUAAUUCUUUACCAGUUUUACAAAAUUUUACUCUCAAACAACAACCGUAUAAUAAUUUAAAACAAAGAUUCCCUUGGUUAAGUGCAGCUGGUUUAAGAUUAUUAAACUUCUUAUUCAUGUACGAUCCAAAGAAACGAGCCACCGCAGAGGAAUGUUUACAGAGUAGUUACUUCAAAGAAGCGCCGUUACCCUGCGAUCCAAAACUUAUGCCAACAUUCCCUCAACAUCGAAAUAUGAAGAAAGCUGUGCCACCUAAAGAAAAUCGUGAACAAGAGAAUAAUGUUACAGACCAGACUAAUAACUUACCAGCAAUUUCUGAUCUAUUGGGAUCUUUAGUUAAAAAGAGACGCGUGGAAUAAAAAGAAGUCUAAUCUUCUUUUCACAAAUAACAUUUUUAACUAUUUUUCCUGGAUUUACAAAAAA